AUGGGGACCGCGGGGCGCUUCUCUCCAGGCCUUCCUCCUGAGGAGGAGGCAGAUGAUGAUGAUGUGGAAGGAUAUGAUGACACUGGGCUGGCGCCCUACUCUCUUUUGAAUUGGCGCCGCUUCCAGCCUCCAGCCAGAACAUCGCUCCCGCACGAGGUUUUCCUUUUUUUUCUUAGGAAGGUGGUGUCCCUCGCCGAUCCCGGACCCCAGACGUCACGAUUUUUCCGUAACUUGUGCUUCACUUUUUGCCAUUGCCAUCGUUUAUGCCUUCUUCUCCUCCGUCCUCUACGUCAUCAUGUGACUCGGAGGGAGCUGCCGCCAUGCCCCGGCGCCAUGUUCUGCAGCUCGAUGCCCAUCAUUUUGUCUGCGCGUCUUGUGGCAUUGUGGUAA